AUGUUUCGCUCAGCCACAUUGGGCGCCUUACCGUGGCUGUUUCUGGCGGUCUCUCGCUUGACCAGCGCUGCCUGCGAGUGCGGAUACUCGCUGAACAAGACAAGCGACGCGGACCAUGCCGUCUUUACUGAACUGCUGGAGAACGACUUCUUACACACGUCUGCGCCCGCGCUGCAGAUGAAGGAGUACGGCUGGCAACCACAAGUCUACGAAGUAAACUCAAAAUCCGCACGUGGGCCUUAUGGAAAGAACUUCCAAUUGAACAAUAUCGUCACAAAUCCUUUGAAGAGCUCGGGAUGGUCGGGAGAUGCAGAACAUGGUGGGGAUGCUGGUCUUGAGUUGUGGGUGCGCGCAAACCACAUCGACGGUCUUGUGAGCGGCUCGGAAAUCGUCUCAGCGCGGACGGAUGCGCUGCUUGGGAGCUUUCGAGUGGGCAUGAAGUUGUCAAAUUCUUCAGGGACAUGCGGCGCCUUCUUCUUCUACCACAACAACUCUCAAGAGAUCGACAUGGAAUUCCUAUCGCACCAGUUCAACGAAUCGCAAGGCGCUGUAAACCUUGUCCUGCAAUCACCACAGUCCCUUGCGCAGGGCUAUGACGCCGCAAACACAUCUGGUUUCGAGUUCCACGAGUACCGCUUCGACUGGACCAAGGAGCGCGUUUCCUUCUACGUUGACGGCGUCUUCCUGUACGAGAUGACUGAGAACGUCCCCACGGAGGGUGGCGGUAUCUUCUUACAACCACUGGAGCAACGGAGACCCAACAUGUCGUACUUCAACUCGACCGACACUGAGCGAUCACAAAACGCGUACAAGAAGCGCUGCCCAACCUACGACCCCGCCAAAGUUUGCGCGAUCCCCUCGCAAGACACCGCACCCGACGUGUCAGUCAGCAAAGACGGAGCCAAGACAUACUUCUUCAGCCACCAAAAAGACAUGACACCCGGCCAGACCAGCUACGUUGGCGCAGCCAACAGCUUCGGCGUUUCAUCACUCUCCAUCGCCAUACCAGUGCUAGUCACCGCACUCAGCUGGUCACUGGCGUGGUAG